AGUGAUGCUUGCUAUAUUACAGUUUGUUAAACUUAGAGAAAUUGAGAUGUUAUUUAUAUGAAUGUGACAACGAAUUGUAUAAGGUAGGUGCCAUGUCGCACAAUUUCAGUUGUAAACAGUUAAUUCAAUUGAAUGACAUUCUCUUGUACGCAUGACGAUAAUCUUGACUGUGAUUCUAAAUAUGCUUAUGCAUGAAUUUCCAUGAUUCCAGCCUAGCAGAAAAUGAACACAUCUCCUGUUUGGAGAUGUAGUCAGAUCAACUCAUUCACUGAUUCACAUGCCGUGUUCAAUUUGACUAUGUUAGAAACAGAAUAAUUUUCUUACAAUCAAUCAAAAAUAUUAGGUAUGGAGAAAAUGUAAAAUUAUCUGACAAUUGAUGAAUUAUGUCAUUCUUUUCAUGUGAUCAGUGGUCCAAUUCAAAACUCCUCGUCCAACGUUUUCUUCUUUACUAUAUAGAAUUAUUUUUUUCUAGUUUAAAGAAGUUCGAGGAAUUUUGUAUUGGACCACUAAUCACGUUAAAGAGAGAAACAAUUCAUCAAUCGAUAAAAAAUCUUACUUUUUUUCUCGUACCUAACAUUUUUGAAAUUAUUCGGUUUUCCAUCGUUGUCAAAUCGAACAUGGCAUGUGAGUCGGUGUUGUGUUGGGUAGGUAGGUACGUUGGCUUCUCUGUGGAUUAGCAUCAAAUCCUGUUUAGAUUAAGCUAAGAAGAGUUCCGGUGAGGUUGGUUGUUCAUAUUUACGCGCAUGCUUUUGGCACGAUCUCCACUUGUUCGAUUUUAUAAGACAUAAAUUCAAUGUACAUCUUCUUGAUUAAUGACAUUUUUGUACACAUGUUGCCUAGGUACAAACAUUUUACUGGUGAGGUGCUCUGGUUAUCAUUUCUUUUUCUAGUCAACUUUUAUGUUCAUCCAUGUUAGAGAUAGCAAACAAGCCUAACUGUAAGUGCUUGAGCCCAGGCUCAUACAGCCUUUAUUUUGAUCAAGCAGGGAUUUUGUGAGUUCCCGGACCAACAGUCUCGGCCACUACGAGUCCGUCAUCCUGGUCUCUUACUCUUUUAGUUCUUGUUAUCUUCUUUAUCAUCCCAAAUGACAAUGGGUAAAUCGUGAGUUCCCGGACCAACUCCUUUCCGUAUUAAGCGUGACGCUUGGGCUCAUACGGUAUCUUAUUUUAGUCCUGGCUCAUCCCAGCUUAUCUUCAACCAUAAUCUUAAAAUUAUUCAUCGUCAGUUUCUGAAAUUGUGUUUCUGAUGAAUAACUACGGAUAAAUAUGAUGAUAAACCGUGCCAAAAAUUCAAGUGGCCCCAUUUUUUUUUGCAUUGUCUAAGUUGUUCCACCACAUGCUGGCAACUCAGAGUAAAUUCCUUAAAAGUCAUUCUUUGUAGCUGUGUCAGUUCGUGGUUGAUUCUCUGGACCACUCUUGGGCAUGAAUGUUGCCUUCUCUUAUGAACUUCAUAACUGGAUCUGAUCAAUAUAAAUAGCUUUUAUCGUAUUUGUCAAUUUUGCUGGAUGUUCAGUAGAAAGAGCUUUUGUUUUUAUUUAAAUUUGAAAUCUAAAUGAACAACUUGAGUGUAUUGAGAUAAAUGCUUCUUGCUUUUGAUCACAUGGAGCCACCACUAUCUGCUAAUUCAAAACUGAAUACUCUGUCUUGCUCUGAUACGAUUUACUUACUCUUUGUAGUUAUUUGGAUGUGUGUGAGUAUGUGAACAGCCAUGUUUGUACGUUGGAAAAUAGUAGUACGACGAGAGAUAAUGAAUAGUACAGAGUUGGUGCAUGUGGAUAGGGGACAAGACUAUGAUGUUCACAGGUUGGGGUCUGGGUGAAUAGUUAGUUGAAAAUAUAAGCAUUGGGAUAUGUUCCUCAUGUUGUAGCUCUAUUUCCUUGUAUGGGAUGUGUUCCUAUUUAUACAGGAAUGCUUUGGACAAGUAAAUGGUAACUUAAGAAGAUUGAAAGACGUCGGAAUGUGUUCCCUGUGACGCAGCCUUAUCUCAACAUAACGGAUGUGUUCCAGCAUAUGGUAGAAUAUUUGUGAAGGUGAAUGGUUAUAAAAGCAAACUUCAUUAUUAGAUCCAUUGUUUCUUUUGUGGGUACGGUUGUAUUUUUCAGUCAUCAAAACAAGCAUUCUCUCAGCUACAGCAAAAGUCCCGUGUGAUGCAGCAAUCUGUUUCCAUGGUCAGGGAAAGUUCCCUAAGGCCAACAGUCUUGCUACUGCAGCUGCUGUGCCUGGGUCUUCAACAACAGCAGCUACAACUCCUGCUUUAGCACAUCUUGGUGGGCAGGUUGCAGUUCCUCCUUGUAAUUGGACAGAACACACCUUCCCUUAAGGGUACAAGUACUACUAUAACAGUGUAACAAGUGGAAAGAAGUUGUAGUGGGAGAAGCCCGAGGAGUUAACCUUAUAUGAGCAAGACAGCAGCAAAAUUCCCUCAUCCACAAAAACUUCCGGUUCAACAGUUUCAAUCUCAAUCACAGUCACUGUGACAACUACAGCUCCUAUGCCUAUCAACCAAAGAAGGCCCUCAGUCACAACAAAGUCGGAUUCAACCACAGAUGCAUCACCACCAACAGCUGCAGCAACCUUUUUUUAAUUCACCGCUUAGUGCCCAAGUCGUCUGUUAUUUGAUUGUUUUAGUACGAUAUAUGUUGCCUUUAGCCAAUGGCUAAGCUAAGGCUAGGUUAUGCCUUAUAAUCACUCCAUAAUAUGUGGAUAUUUGUUUAUUUCAGUGCCAGGGAUCUGUUUCGUUGGUCAUCUAAAUGCUCAGGUUUCAGCCAAUGCAGGUGUUGGUUCUGCUCGUUUCCACCAGGGCCUUCACGCUUCAGGUACGGGAGUGGGCAUGGAAGAACAAACCUACAGCUAUGGACUAGUAAGUGAAAAAGAGAAAGUUUUGAAGGUUAAUGAAAUGUCACAGCUUCUCAAUAAGCCUUCACUUAAACCCAUCCAGACUGAUUAUGGUGAUGUUAUCGACUGUGUGGAUAUCUACAAACAACCUGCAUUUGAUCAUCCUUCUUUGAAGAAUCACACCAUUCAGAUGAAACCAAGCUUGUAUCCUAUAACUAAGAGCAGAAACGUGACAUCGAUGCGAGCCGUGUCGCAAAGCUGGUGGAGAAGUGGAAGUUGUCCGAUGGGUACAAUACCUAUGCGUAGAAUUCGGAAACAGGAACUACUUAAAGCAACCUCUCUUGAGAAUUAUGGAAGAAAAUACUCAUACAUUACUCAUUCAAAUAGGAGUACAAGCCAAAAGACUAACAAGGCACAUACACUGGACUUGAAAUCUAAUAACCUUUACGUCAAUCACUCGACUGCAAUCCUAGUAACUGAAGGAUACGAUUAUAAAGGAGCUAAAGGAGAUAUCAAUGUUUGGAAUCCAUAUGUUGAAAAGCCAAAUGAGUAUUCUGCAUCUCAAGUGCGACUUAUUUCUCUUUCUCGCGAUGGAAGGCAGGAGAGUGUCAAAGCUGGCUGGAUGGUGAAUCCCACUCUGUACGGCGAUACAAGAGCACGAUUUUUUAUAUAUUGGACUGUUGAUCGAUCAAUUGAAACCGGCUGCUUUGAUCUCAUCUGUACAGGGUUUGUACAAACAAACCAUGAAGUUGCUCUUGGUUCUCCAAUUGAGCCAGUUUCUAUUGAAGAUGGUGAGCAAUACGCGAUAGGAAUCUUCAUCUUUCAGGAUGUAAACACAAGCAAUUGGUGGUUAACGUUAGAGAAUAAAGAAGUAGGAUACUGGCCGGGUGAUCUAUUCGUAUUGUUGAAACAAAGUGCGAAUGCGGUUCAUUUUGGCGGGGAAGUAUAUUCAGAAACCAUAGGCAAAGAAGGAGUGCCGCACACAUCAACAGAAAUGGGGAGUGGACAUGAUGCAAGGGGCAAGUUCGGCAUUGCAGCUUACAUUCGUGAUAUCCUGAUCAUCGAUGACUCUUUAACAGAAAAGUCUCCUGAAACGCUUGAUGAGUAAAUUACAGGUACUUCCAGAUAUUAGAUUAUUUCUAAGCAUCUUUUCUUAAUUUCUCAUAGUUUUGGUGUUAAGUUGGGCUGCACAGUUUCUGGCUAGUGGAUCAUGGAUUAAGAAGUCCCCGUUGUAAACAAAGACCAUGGUGGUUUUAUCUAUGUAUAACUUUCUGACUGUACAUUUUUCUUUGCGGUCUCCAUGGUCUGGAAAAAUUCGCUAAGGGCAGAUGGUUUCCAACAGUCUACAACUCCUGCUUUAUCACAUGUUGGUGGGAAGACUGCACUUCCUCCUUGUAAUUGGACAGAACACGCAUCCCCUGAAGGGUAGAAGUACUACUAUAACAGUGUGACGAGUGAAAGCUGGGUAAUACUACCUCUGUUUCUAUAAAAUGCGUCGGUCUCUGUGUAAAUUUACGCACAAACCAGCCUAUUAUUUAGAAACGGAGGGAGUAUUUUCUUUCAUGUCCUUUUUGCUUUUUUUUUUUGUUUUUAAAAAUUUUAGCUCAGUUGUGGAAACAUCUAUAUAUCAUAUGCUGUUUUUACUUGCCAA